AAUGGCAAAGUGGGAGUUGGAGGGAAGUCUCCAUGGAAACCAGCCUCCCAGGAAGUGGCCAGAGGGGCUAGUGUGUGGUGAAGCAGACCUACAAAGAUGUCAGGAAGGAAACAACUGCUUUGUAAAACAGGGAUAGGUCAACUUUUGAAAUACUUUGAUUAAAACAGCCCGCACUAAAGGUCCCACACCACUUCCCUCUUGUUUUUCUUUUGACUGUUUUUCAUGUAAAAUGGGCCUGAGCCCCUCAAAGGCUCACCCUAGAGUGACCAAAGUAGCCCCUCUGCAAAACAAGGAGGAAGAAAUGCCUUCAGCUGCACCUGUGGACUUUGCAUUGGAUCAGAACCUGGAUGAAAAGAGUGCACAUUUCUUGGCAAGACUGCAGGACCAGAACCCAGCGUUGGAAGGGCAGCUGCCACCUCUGCGAGAGACCUGGUAUGGGAGAUAUUCCGCAGUGCCCAGGGCCCUGUAUUUUGACAUCCCACUGGAACAGACAGAAACAAGUAUUAUUAAAAGGCAUCCACCCCGGAGACUUCAAAAGCUUGAACCCAUUGGCCUGCCACAAGUAAUUACUUCUGAAAGGAUCCUGAGCCAGCAAGAAGCCAGGACGACUCACAAAGCAAAGGAGUUAGAAAAAAAGAUGCAAAUUCCAAUGUAUACUUCUGGGAAAAGACAAUAUUUACAUAAGAUGCAAAUGCUGGAAAUGAACCGUAAAAGACAAGAGACCCAAGCAGAGUUGAAGAAAAGUCUGCACAGGGAGGCAAGGAUUAAUAAGGAGAGACUGAGGGAACAUAAAGCCAAGAAACUCCUUCACGGCAUCCCAAGAAAUGAGGAUGGUGAUUUUCUAACCUUGUUGCCCGAUGAAACCUUCAACCCAAGUGCAGAAAAUCCACAGCACGCGGAAUUUUUAGAGCAUCAAGCAAGGAGGGAUGACUGUCCCCAGAAAAUCGGCAAGACGGAGACACGGCCCUACGAACAAGGGGCCCGGGAACAGCUUCUCUGGGACAGUUCCGGCUCCGACUCAGAGGAGCUGGGGACUGUCAAGAAGAAACCACAAGCCCUGAAGUCUGAUUUGUUCAAUGAGACAUGCAACAAAAGCCAGCAGUACCUAACUAUGGAACUGGGAAGACAAAUUCACGAUGAUUCACAGACGAUGUGAUGACCAGACAAGACCACCCAACAAAUCAACUGAAAAACUUUUAGAGUUCAAAAUGGAAUUAAAUAAGUAUCUGGAUGAAAGAGAUACAUUUUAAAAAUCAACAGCUUUUGCAAACCACUUCUUAGACUUUAUGCAGUGAGAAUAAAUACACCAGUGCACAAAGACAAAUGUGCAAUUGUAAGUCAUGGGCUCACUUAGUGUUACCUGAAGGUAGAUUGUGAUAUGCUUAAGUAAUGUACUAUAGACCCAACAGCAACCACACACACACAAAAAUAAAUAAAAGAGGAAUAGCUAAUAAGCCAAAGGGAAGGUAAAAUCAAAUCAUAACAAUUAUUCAAUGCAAAAAAAAAAGUCAGAAAAAGAGGAAAAUGGCACACGAAAGAGAAGAAGAAAAACUAGAUCCAAAUACCAAGCUCACAAAUUUAACCCACAAAGAUGGUUAGACUGAAUAAAUGAGCAAGAACCAAAUCCGUUAUCUACAAGAAACAAACUUUAACUAUAAUGACAUAAAAAAGUUCGAAGUAAAAAGACGAACACGACACAGAAUGCCACCACUAAUCAAAAGCAAGCGGGAGUGUCCACAUUACUGUUCGACAAGGCAGACUUCAGAGCAUGUAAGGGAUGUCACUAUUGAGGGGAGUGAAAAACAGGAAGGGACUGAGAAGUACAGAUUGCUAGUCACGAAACAGCACCGGGGAUGUAAAGGACAGCAUAGGGAAUCUGGUCAGUAAUACUGUAAGAACUACGUACAGUGCCAGGCGGAUACUUGAAAUAUAGGGGGGCUGCUUUGUAAAGUAUAUGACUCCCCACUACAUUGUACAUCUGAAACUAAUAAAAAAUAAUAUUAAAU